AAGUAAUCAUUCAGGAUUUGGAUGGGAAGUGUUAUUAAUUGCUAAUGGCCUCCGACUUGUAUAAUCACACUACCAUAGCUCUAAUGCUGACUCUGGUACUUCUGGAAGUUACGAUGGCAUAUCUGUAAGUUGGUUUCUCUCACAGGCACAUUUCCGUAGUUUCAGCAAUUUAUACUUCUUCCAGCACCCGAGUGCACCGCCAAAAUUUCUGUCAUUUGCCAACGGAAACAAAAAUCACGAAAUGCGAAACCGGAGAUUUGCACAGGUCUCCACCAGCGACGAGGAAGACGAAGCCCCACCUCCUCCGCCGAAAACUCGCUCGUCAAUGAAGUCGGAAUGGAACGAGAGGGAGAGGAAGAGGAAGAAAAUAAAGCUUCUGGAAGAAGACGAAGAGGAGGUCGAAGAGAAAAUGAGGGGAGGGAAAGCGAAGAAGAAAGCGAGGGGAGAGAAAGCAGUGGAGCCGGACUCAGAGGAGGAUCCCGAAGAGGAGGAAGAGGCGCCGCUGGAGGAUGCCAAGCCCGUUGGUGAACCAGUUAAGUUUUCGGGAAAGGGAAGAGGACGGAGGAGCCAUUACGAGGCUUUCGAGUUCGAUGGAAACCGAUACGAUCUUGAGGAUCCUGUACUUUUAGUUCCUGAGGAUAAAAUGCAAAAGCCGUAUGUGGCUAUUAUCAAGGAUAUUGCCCAGACCAAUAAUGGUAGCAUGAUGGUAACUGGACAGUGGUUUUAUCGCCCUGAGGAGGCAGCAAGAAAAGGUGGAGGAAGCUGGCAGUCACGUGAUACUCGGGAACUGUUUUAUAGUUUCCAUCGUGAUGAGGUUCCAGCAGAAUCUGUAAUGCACAAAUGUGUGGUGCAUUUUGUUCCUAUUCACAAGCAACUUCCAAAUCGCAAACAGCAUCCUGGUUUUAUUGUUCAGAAAGUGUAUGACACUGUGGAGCGGAAGCUUUGGAAGUUAACUGAUAAGGAUUAUGAAGAUAAUAAGCAGCAUGAAAUUGAUCUUCUUGUUCAAAAAACUCUAUCACGUUUGGGAGACCUUCCUGAUAUUGAAACUGAAGAUAACGUUGCUGAACCAGAAGAUCUCUCAAAGGUUAAAAAAACUCUCAGGAAAAAGAAUAUCACCCCUCUUGAUGUUUCAAGGGAUGAAGAAGCAACAAUCAGGACUGAUAACUUAAAAGCUGAAACACCAGGAAGUUGUACAGGCAAUGCCUCAGAGUACCAUGCAAUCUUAGAGAAGUUUGAUGCAUUAACCGGAGAUACUCAUCGUGACAAAUGGUUGGAAAGGCUUCUUCAAUGUAUUCAAUAUAUGUGCACUUCUCCUGACAGCACAUGUGGUGAUGAUAAAGUGAAAGAUGGUUCUGAUGGCAUGGAUCAUGAAAAAGAGCACAAGUCACAGGGCACUGCAAAUGGAUCUAAACGUAGCAAAACUUUUUGCUGGCCAGAUGCUGCUGUUCCUGCAGUAAGUGCUCUCGAGAAGGCCUCACAUGAAGCCCUUUCCUUCGAUUUUCAGAAAUAUAACCAGAAGUUGCGUCAGCUGCAAUUCAACCUGAAGCAUAAUGCACUAUUGGCUCGGCGUUUACUCAAUGGAGAGUUGGAACCCACAAAAAUACUAAAUAUGUCACCUAAUGAAUUGAAGGAGGGGUUGACAGCAGAGGAGACAGCAACAAAGGAGCCUGAGGAGUCAGCCCGCAUGCAGAUGACAGAUGCUUGUUGCUCAAGAUGCAAUGAGUUCAAAGUGGGCGUAAGGGACAUCAUCCAAGCAGGACACGGAGAUCGCUAUCAGCUGGAGUGCACCGCCUGUGGUAAUUCCUGGUAUGCUUCCAGGGAUGAAGCAUCCAUGCUGACAAUAGAUGGGCCAAGUUCUGCAAGAAGCGUUGGCACUGCACCUUGGGCAACAGCUAAAUUUGAAGAGGUAGGGAAGAAGCUGGCUAGUCCCCGUGAACCUGAGAAGGCAGAUGAGGUUAUCAAGAAGAUUAGUGAACCAUAUAUGCCUGUUAUGGAAACCCAGAGAUCAUUUAGUAAACCUAAGAAUGAAGAGAAUUCCGAAACUGCAAAGAAUGCUGAAUAACAUGCAUACUGAAAGGAACUUGAUUUUGUACAGUUAACUUGAUUGGGUUGUUAUGCUAAUGCGUAGGUAACCUCAGUUCUGAAGCCGAGUUUCUUUCUAGUAGUUAGCCAGGUCAAAGUUGUUAUACACUAGACAUGAGUAGGACAAUGUUAAUUUUUCCUUGA